CCCCAACCCCGUAAUGCCGCAAUGUAAGACCGACUUCGAGACCUUCCGCAACGAGUUGAACUGCAAUGAGUUCUUCGUGUGCGUCAACCGCAAACCAGUGAAGUUCCAGUGCCCUGCAGAUUUGGCCUACAGUCCGAAAUUCGGCGUCUGCGACUACCCAGCUCUAGUAGACUGCUCCAGCUCAUCUACCUUCAUACCACCUGGUCCACCGCAGCCUCCAGCGCCAUCUACUUCCGCACCAGCUGCCUCUGAGCCACCGUCUCUCACCACCAAGCCUCUCUUGUUCCCUCGGCCUGAUAAGCCUUCCCUAGCCAAUCUACCCACUAUUCCUCAGAUCGGCCAGUUCCCUGGUGGAUCUUGGACCAGACCUGCACCCCAGGAGACUGACGCUCCAGGAUUCCAGUUUAAUCCUAACUUGUCAGAUGGAAAUGCUAUUUUCAUGCAGAAUUCUAUCUACAAUAGUCACAACUUCGCAACGCCAGUGGCCAUAAUGUCUCCUCAAGAUGCUAUCCGCUACCUAAAGCUGAACAAUAUACCAGAAGUCAACUCCUCACAAUGAAGAGAACCCUGUGAUAAUAAGUAAUCUCGUGCAAUUAUGAUUUUAGAUUAACUAAGAAAUGCCAUGAUGCCAUUUAAUCUUCAUUUUUGUACAUUUAUUUAAUGCAUGUGUGAUAUAAUUUCUAAAAAUGUGUCAUCUUCCAAGCAUUUAUAUUAUUCUUGCCAAGUCUGAAUGUAAUAGACGAAGAAAUGCAAUAAAAUUUAAUAAAUUA